AUGACUCAGUCUUUCAUUGUUAACAUCUCGGUGGAUUGGUACAACAAAGCGGAGAGCAGACACAUGGAUCUGUUCCUCAUCCCUACGGUUCUGCUGACCUCUGUCACACUGCUGGUCAACCCCGUUCUGUCCCUCUGCAUACUGUGUUUUCCUACGCUACGUCAAGAGACCCGCUACCUACUUCUUGCUAACAUGCUCUUCGCCGAUAUGUUCUUCCUCACCAUAAAUCUUGCGAUGGUCUCCUGCAACUCUGUGGGCCUGCACAUGCCCCACUCGUUGUGCGAGUUUAUGAUGGUGAGCAUGGUAAUGACAUACAGCACGUCUGUGCUCACUAUCACAUUGAUGGUUAUCGACACAUAUGUGGCAGUACGUUGGCCAUUACGUUACAAAGAGAUUCUCCCACCAUCUCGGGCCAGGAAGAUAAUCAUGAGCUUGUGGGUAAUGGCCGCAGUGUGUCCCGUCUCUUUGCUAGUGAUGUUUGAGGUGGUGAUGGGCAGUGACAAGCAGAGCCGUCCAGUGUGUUUGAUGUUGAUUGCGCUGCACUCGUUGGAACAGAAGAUGAAGGUUGGCGUUCAUUUGUACUUCAUCAUUGCCAUCAGCCUCUGCACUGUUCUCAUUGUGUACUGUUAUAUCCAUCUCUACAUCAUCACUAAAACUUCUGGGAUAUGGCGUAGUCGGUACUCCCGGGCGCGUAUGACACUUCUGGCGCACACUCUGUUGCUCAUGAUGUAUUUUGUACCCGCGUUGGUCUUUGCCGUGGAGCUGGCUCUUUUAAAGGAAGAAAGCGUAGAUGUUGUGGGAGUGUGGAUUAACUUGGUGAACAUGUGCGUUUUGAUGUUGUUCCCACGCUGUUGCACUCCUUACCUGUACAUCCUGCGCUAUCAUGAGAUUUACGAGACUGUCCAGCAGGUGUUUUGGAAGAAGCGACACCAAAGUCAGAGGAGUGCAGCCUAG